UCAUUUAACUGAUAAAUCAUCCGUCUCUGCGUUAAAGGAAUUUUUUUAACUUUAAUUCGAAACUGUCCUCUGUCCCGUGAAUUAAAUCAUUUAUUUAUUUCAUAGGUGAAAGCAACGUUUGAAUAUAAUAUUAAUCUGCGAAAAUGUCGAAAACUGCUUUGCUAAUUCUCUCUGAAGGCGCUGAAGAAAUGGAAGCUAUUAUAUCUGCUGAUGUUCUUAGGAGAGCCGGUAUUAAGGUGACUGUAGCUGGCUUACAGGGCGCUGGUCCAACAAAAUGCAGCAGGGAUAUCGUCAUUGUUCCAGAUUGCGGUAUAACUGAUGCUGCCAAAGAAAAUUAUGAUGUUGUCAUUUUGCCUGGGGGCCUUCAAGGUGCUGAAAAUUUGGCUCAGAGUGAUAUUGUGAAAGAAAUCCUUCAAUCUCAGGAAAAGAAUGGACGCCUUAUUGCUGCAAUUUGUGCUGCCCCUAUUGCCCUAAAGAGCCAUGGUAUUGGCAACGGAAAGAAAAUAACUUCAUAUCCAGGGAAAAAAGCAGAGUUAUCUACAGGUGAAUAUCAGUACUCGGAGAAUCGUGUGGUUGUUGACGAGCAAUUGAUAACCAGCAGAGGUCCCGGCACAGCUUUCGAGUUUGCCUUGACUAUUGUCGGAUAUUUACUCGGGAAAGAUAAAGCAGCAUCCAUGGUGGAACCCAUGCUGAUUAAACUGUGAGAGAAACAUAAUUAUCCACCUCAUUUGUGCCAGUGACGUCUAACAGAUUCUGUUGUCAAAAAGAAAAAGAAAAUGAAAAAUAGAAUUGUAAUUCAGUUACAAUAAUAUGUAUGAGAAUUUGAUGUCUCAAGUUUGUAAUAAAAAUGUUGAUUUUUC